UUACAUGUAAUAAAAUAUUUUCAAAUUUAAUUCAUAUGUGUUGGUUGGUGAUCAUCAAUCAACUCUAGUCAAUGGGAUGUGAGUCGAGAUGAUCAUGAGAGAUAGGAAACUAGAUGUAAGACAAGUGCUCGUGAUGGAGAAUUUUGAGGUUAGCCUGAGUGCAGAAACUCUGUGAAUCAAAAUAACCAUGCAAGUUUAUCAGGGCUCUAGAUAUUGCAUGAAAACAACUUCGACACAUGGAAGAUACAAAUAGAAGCACUGCUCAUAGAAAACGACGUGUGAGAUUUGGUGAACGGAAGAAAAAUGAAAACGAGCCACGAUGAUGCCAGAGAAACCGGCGAUAGUGAAAUGAAAUUCAAUAUAAUUCUCUUGGUAAAUCCGUUGGAAAUAAAAGUCAAAGGAUGUAGUAGCGCCUGCGAAGCAUAACUAAUGUUGGAUAGUAUAUAUUAAUCUCGGACGACAGCUCAGAAAGGCAUUCUGUUAAAAUAACACAUCUUGUAAUGAAUGCAAAAUUAUGGCAAUGUAUGUAAAUUCUUUGAUACAGUUGAUAAGCUAAACGAAAUAGAGGUUCUCCGAAAAAGGGGAAAUCGAAAGAGAGUAGGUUGCGCAAUCGGAAGGAUUUCAAAUUUAGAUGUCAUCGGUGUAGAGAAAUCACCUACAAAGCCAAUGAAUGCAAGAAAAAAAGGGAAAGAGCUAAUCGCUUGCGAACAGCCAUAAACUGUAUUGUAUUGCGCGCGAAUGAAGAUUUCUCGGAUACGAAAACAGCGAAUCGAGCGGAAAGUAGCGCUGCGAUAAUGUUUAGUGUUUGGACUGCAUAGCGAACAUGGAAUUUAGCUACUAGUGCGUCGUUUGAAAUUGUUGCGAGGUGAAAGGUACCAUUCGCUGUCGAUGUUAAAAGAGAGAAGGAAAAUAUGACCUUGAAAAAUACGUUGGAAGACUAUAAAGUUGCCGCUUACAAAUAGUUCGGUAAGAAAAGACGAGAUAUUCGACUUGAUACAUUCGAAUCUUUGCGGCUCCAUGAAGAUUCUAUCUGUUGGAAAGGCCAAGUACUUUAUCACAUUUAUCGACGAUAAAUCAUAUUGCGAGUUAAUUGCCAACGUAGGCGAAGGACUGCGUGUUUUCUUUAAUUGCGACCAGUGGAUGUAAAAAAAAUGAUGAAUAAAGAGGAUUCUCCGCAGAUCAUUGAACCUACCUACUCGCUUGUCUUCAACUUUGAAAAAAACUACUUUUAUCCAGAUACUCAAAUAUGGCUCCAGAACAAUUUUCAGUACUGCUACUACUGCUGUAUUAUUUACGUGAUCCUAAUUUUUGGCGGGAAAUAUUACAUGUCGAGUAGACCAAAGUUUGAUUUGAAGGGUCCGCUUGCAUUAUGGAGUGGAUUGUUUGCAGUGUUCUCCAUUAUCGGAUUUUCUAGAACAGCACCGGAAAUGUUCUCUACAUUGAGACACCAUGGGUUUUACCACAGUAUUUGCAUACCUAGCAACUUUUUCCAAGAUCAUGUUUGUGGCUUUUGGACAUGGGUAUUUAUCCUAUCAAAGAUCCCAGAAUUUGGCGAUACGAUCUUCAUUGUGUUACGAAAGCAACCAUUGAUAUUUCUACAUUUUUACCAUCAUUUAACUGUUGUUCUUUACUCUUGGUUCACAUAUACGGAGACCACAGCAGCCACAAGGUGGUAUACCGUAAUGAACUACUUUGUUCAUUCCUGGAUGUAUUCUUAUUAUUCUUUGAAAGCAAUGCAAUACAAAUUACCAAAAGGCUUUGCUAUGAUGAUUACUACGAUGCAGAUGUUACAAAUGGUGAUAGGUUGCGUUGUAACUAUUGCGGCUUAUUAUUAUCGAGAAAGUUGUGGACUUGAAUGCUAUACUACGCGUAAAAAUUUUAUAUUUGGUUUUGCCAUGUACUUCAGUUAUUUAAUCCUAUUUGGAAAAUUCUUCUUCGAGGCUUAUCUUUUCGACAAACGGAAAAACAAAGUCGAAGAGAACAUUCACGUCAAUGGAAGAAAGGAGUGUUAUAAACCAAAAGCUAGCUAAAGUAUAUCAAAGUUUUUGAAAUCUUUUUCUAUAAACGCUUUCUGAUAACAUUUCGUGAAAACACUUAUAACGUGUUUUAGGAGUCUGCAUUAGUUUACAACGAUAAAAAUUGGUUGUGACAUAAUGCAAGUGAUAAGAUAUUUAAUUAUUGUAAAACAUUUAGUGUAUUUGAUCUUAAGGUAUGGGAGAUGAUGGUUUUCAAAAAAGUUGCUCGUGAAGAAGUUAGAAUAAAUGCAAAAUCAAGAGUGAAAUUUCGUUAAGCAUAUCUUCGAAAUAUUUUUAGGUAACAUUAGUAAGAAAAAUGGAUUCACAAAAAAUAAGAUACGUUCGGAUAUGUGAUUUUAACCGUAUUUUGCCGAAUAAAUUUAUUCUUAAAUAUGGUAUAUCAUUUUAAUGACAAAUAGUCAUAUUUCAUGUAAUCAAUAAUUGAUGACUUCUUGGAAUUUUUGACUUGACUGACACUGAUUAAAUGUCCAAUAAUAUUAAAGGUUAUUACGACGCUUGCUCUAAUAUCGUCAUUAUACUCAUUGAAAAUCUCUGAUCGUAAAAUAAAUACAGAAUGAACAACAGUGCAUAUCAAUGCAUAAACAUUGUGAAAAAAGCUUUGUUAAUUAAAGAACAAAAUUCAGUGUGUCUAUGUAUAUAGUGUAAUCGUAAUCCAUGGCUAUAUAAGGAAAGAGGAAAUUAAUAAAAGCAGAAAGAAAGUUUA